CCCGCUAAACGUUUGAUUCUUCAGCGGCUUCCGUCUCAAAAACAAAAACAUGCCGAAAACACAAACAAAGUUAAAACCGCUGAAAGUGAGGCGUCCUGAAGAGGCAAAAAAGUUCGGUGUGGCAGCGUUUACUCUAAAAGAGCUGAUCAAGAAAGCAUGCAGUUUACUUCAGAUGCCUGCCUCGGAGGUACAGUGUUGUUUGUACGAGGACGGGACGCUAGUGACGGAAGAUUAUUUUCUACAGCUUCCUGAUAACACUGAGUUAGUUCUACUUCCGGACGGACAGAGCUGGAACGGAAUGGUAUACGACCUCAAUCAAAUCCUUGGACUGGACAGACACUCAGAAGAGCUGAUCAGUGCAGCUCAACAGUUAUUGACCGAUGAGCAUUCAGCUAGAAGGAGAAAAAUCCUCAGUGAACUCCUGUGCAAUCUGAAUGAUAACGCAGAGCUGGAGAACAGAGAAGAAGAUGAGGACUGGUUUGAAGGGAUUGACACAAGAUUUAAGACCAAGUCGUCAUACAUGAAGCAUAACUGUGAGCAAAGGAUACGGUCAUACAUGAAAGAGGUGUACAGCCAUGCUCACACUAUUAAGAAUGCUAAGCAGAAGGGGGAAUAUCAGAAGGUGGCAGCCAGCAUGACAGAAAAGCUGAAAUCUGUGCGCUAUCAUGGCAAUUACUUUGACAGGACAGAGAAGGAGCUCCAUCGACUGUGCACUAAAGAGGGCUGGUUCUCCUGCCAGGGUGCCUUUAAUUUGGAAAAGUGUGAAUCUCUGCACUCGAUAAACCCGUAUGGAAACCGCGAGAGUAGAAUCCUUUUCAGCACCUGGAAUCUGGACCACAAGAUUGAAAAGAAGAGAACCAUCAUACCGACUCUUGUCAAUGCACUUCAAGAUAAAAUGAGCAGUGAUAUAAACCUGGACUAUUUUUACAAGCUGCUAUUUACAAGAGAAAAUCUUAAGCUGGUACACAUUGUCUGUCACAAGAAAGGAGCCCAUGACUUAACAUGUGAUUCACGCCAAGUGUACAGACGGGUUAAAAGGAAGUGAAGAGGUUAGAAAUGGCAUCAUGAAUAGAAUUGCCAUUGAUAACUUGUGAAAAAUAAUAAGGUGUGAUUUAUAUUUGUCCAGUUGAUCUUGUUUUUUUUUUUAUUUUUUAAACUAUGGACACUUUUUAGAUUCAGUUUUAAAAUGUGAAAUUAAGGAAUUCUGUGAUUUUUAUACUUGAGGACAGAUUUGUUGGACAAAUUUCCUUAGCAUACUCAGGUAUUUUGAGAAAUGUUUAGCAGUUUAACUUUUUUUGCCGUAUGUAUAAAUGAUUUGUUUUUGUUUACUUAUGUACUUCUAAGAAAUUCACGUUUUCUAGUGAAUUAAUGAAUUUCUAGUGAUUUUUUUUUUUUUUUAUUAAACCAAGUCAUUGGUUUCUUUUUUAAAUGCCAGUUUACACUACCAAAAAAAUUAUGCCAAAGGUUCCUUUAAAAAUUGUUUAAAAAGAAUUUAAACAUAUAGUUGUGCUUAAACAUUGUGGAUAGUGUCUAUUUCCUGAAGCACUAUAAGAUUUAGACAGAAUGACAUCAUCAAUACAAAGGACACACAGGCCCCUUUCAUAAGCCACAACAAUUCCAUUUAAUUUCAUACUGUUGUCAAAUCAAUGAACAUGUACUGUGUCUGGACGGAGUAUUUUACUUUGUGUGAAAUGGUUUAAUACAGACUGUUCUUAACAUUAAAUAUUAACAUUGUGUAAACA